AUGGGGCAGACAUAUAACGCUCUUUCUGACUACGACAAUACAAUUAUCCAUUGCAAGAAGUGUAUUGAGCUUGCAGUAACUAUUGGCGAUAAAGGUGCUGAGGCUUGUGCUUAUAGCUUAUUUGGAAAGAUAUAUUAUUCCUUGGAGAAAUACGAUGAUGCCAUUUCCAACUGCAACAAGUGUGUUCACAUUGACAAGGAAGAUAAUGAAGAAAAAAGUGUUGACGUUACUGCGUAUCUGACUUUGGGAGAGGCAUACCAGUCUUUGGAAAAAUACGAUGAAGCCAUUCGGAAUUACAAGCAUUGCAUCGACAUCGUGAACCGUAUUGGCCUCGAAAAGAAAGAGGGGGCAUUAGCGUGUUUGUAUCUAGGAAACAUAUAUGAGACACUGAGACAAUAUAAUGAUUCAGKGCAUUAUCACAAGAAAUGCAUCGACAUGGCACAAGAAAUUGGCGAGAAAACGAUUGAAGCACWAGGAUGUCUCGGUCUUGCGUUUGUAUACAGCACAUCAUUUGAUAAGGAAAGUGCCAUCCAAUACGGUAAGAAAUGCCWGGACAUUUCUCAAGAAAUUGGCGAUAAAAAAACUGAGAUGCGAGGACAUCUUUAUCUCGCUAAAGCAUAUAUGGACUUGCAGUUGAAUGAAGCGUCUCAGAGUAUAGAUGCAGGCAUGGCGAUUGCUACAGAGCUUGGAGAAAAAGAAGCCGAAGAAAAGUUCAAAGAAAUUCGUUUUGAUUUUUAUGGCAGAGUUGGUUUGUUGGACAAAUGUCAUGCACCCUUAUUAAAGGAAUUWUUAGAGGYAGCAACAUGUUCUGAAGAUGAGCUAUUACAGGAUCUUAACCAAGCGGUGAAGACAGGCGAUAAGACAGAGAAACAGAGGGCUUACUCCAGGCUUCGCAAUUUUUAUCUUCUCAAAAAAGAUUAUAAAAAAACAAUCAAAUGA